GCCUUUUCUGUUGUUUCAAAGCUGCUGUCUCAGCGUAAACUUGACCUGCUGGAUGAACUUGUGUCAGCAGAGGUGCUUCAGGUGCUGAAGGAAAAGAUUUCUUUGCUCCCUGACAACCACAGGGAUGCUUUAGCAGCUGACAUUGAUGCAAUCAUGUACACAACAGAAGGAGAUGUUCGCAUUUACUAUGAUGAUGAUGGAAGAAAAUUUGUUAGCAUCCUGAUGCGUUUCUGGUAUCUGAAUGAUGCUAACCUACCUGAUGAAGUGCCAGGUGAAACCAAAGUUUUCCAGAUUGUGUUUGGAGAUGAAAGCACAAAAGAAAAAAGACAUCUUUUAACAGCAAACUAUGAGUUCCAAAGGGAAUUUACAGAAGGAGCAAAACCAGACUGGACAAUUACACGGAUUGAACAUCCAAGGCUAUUAGAAUAAAUGCCUUCUACAGUCUUUUUAUGUACCAUUGUAAAUGUUCUGGUGUAAUAAAUAUCAGACUUUUUUUGGUCUCUUUUUUCCCUUCCUGCCGCCUUCUCCGAAAGAGGGACAAAUUUUGUAUGUUUGAUUUCCCAAAAUUCUUUCUGAAACUUGCAGUAUGCUGCAGGAUUACAAUAAAGCCUUUUCCCUGGAACAGGCUAGUACAAGUGUAAUUGGUAGUAAUGCUCAUCCAAGGCAUUUACACAGCACCGAUUCACUCAGGCCGAUAUUACGGGUAUGUCACCUUUUUACAUUCUGAGAAUAAACCAUACUGCUUGAAUAUAAACAACACUUUCAUGGCUGAUGGCCCCUCU